AAAAGAAAUAAGCAAACAAGAACAAGACAUCUUUUAACUUAAAUUAAAUUAAAAAUUUCAACCACAUCUAAUCUUUCAUCACAGCCCAAAAAGAAAAAAGUUAGAAAUCGCUUUACUAGGCCAAGCAUGUUAAAAAAAAGUAAUCGAUUUUAUAAGUAUGUAGCUGUAAUCGCCGGCCUAUUAAUUUUGGAUAUAUUGGGUGUUUUCGCGUAUUUCUUUGAAUUAGAUUAUGAAAAAUUGUUUCGCUAUCCAAUAGAAGGUGAUAUUGUCAGUUAUGUUAGAGCUCGAAAGCAAAAUAUUAAAGCAAAGGAUGAGACAUUCCAAAUGCCGCAACCAAUUAAUUACUAUAAUUUUACAUUCAUUCACCAACGUAAAUGUGAUGGUGUGGUCGAGUCGAGCAGACCACAAUUGAUAAUACUCGUUAAAUCAGCUUUGCUAAAUAUUCAAAAGAGGGAUGCAAUACGUCGUACAUGGGGAUUUGAACAGCGUUUCUCCGAUGUUAAUAUAAGACGUGCGUUUAUUUUGGGAGCAAGUUUAGAUCAGCAGCUGAUGGAAGAUAUAGCAUCAGAAGCUCAUCAGUAUCGUGAUAUAAUACAGGCAGAUUUUAUAGAUAGUUACUACAACAAUACUAUUAAAACAAUGAUGGCUAUUCGCUGGGUGAUGGAUCAUUGUCAUCGUGCCCAUUACUACCUUUUUGUUGAUGAUGAUUAUUAUGUGUCGUUGAAAAAUGUAUUGCGUUUUGUUGCCUAUCCAGCCCUUUAUCCUGAAAAUGCCAUGACUCUAAAUAGCAGAUGGGAGUACAAAGCGCAAAACGAACGUUUAUUUGCCGGCUUUGUUUUUCGUUCACGCCCCUUGCGUCAAAAAUUCAGCAAAUGGUAUGUUAGCUUAAAGGAAUAUCCUUAUAAUAAAUGGCCGCCUUAUGUAACAGCAGGCGCUUUUGUAUUGUCGCGUGAUGCCCUUGUAAAUCUAUACUAUGCUAGUCAAUAUACUAAACAUUUUCGUUUUGACGACAUAUAUCUUGGUUUGGUGGCGCUAAAAGCAAAUAUUCCACUAACACAUUGUGGGCAGUUUUACUUUCGGCGACCACCCUAUAACGGGCCCAAGAGUUAUCGCUUUAUAGUGGCAUCACAUGGUUUUAAUGAGCCGCUCGAAUUGGAACGUAUUUGGAAUGAGUGUCGAUCCGCGAACUAUGCCUGACAGGCAAUGCGUAAACGUUGCAA